CGAAGGAUGGGCGCCGACAGUACUUCAGCAGCUGUGCCUCGUAGCCUCCGAAGCUAAGCAACAGCCAGAUACAUGCCAUGCUGGCCAGAACCAUCUCCUCUGCACCUGGCGCAGUCGAUGUUCGGUAGCACGCAGGAGGAGCAUACGGGGAGACGGCUCUGCGCUGCUGAAACGCAGCAUACUUUCCCGCUGACGACGGUGCGGCAUCCGGGCGCGCAUCUCGUCGAGCCAGCGCAGCUUCGCGAUCCAUGGCCCGCAAGGCGAGGCAGAGGAUAAGCUAUGUCCUGCCGCUCGCCAACUCCGCCGGAGGCCACAGGCUCGGAGUCAAUGGCCUGGCCGUAGACAGCUCCAACUCACGCCUGUACUCGGGCGGCCGAGACGGCGUCAUCUGUGCCUGGGACCUGCACCUCGACCUCAACUCGACGACACCACCCGAGUACGAUGCGAAGCUACCGCCGUCCGAGCCUACCACCUUCCGCCAGCAGGUGCAGGCGCACACACACUGGAUCAACGAUAUCGCCCUCGCCCAGUCCAAUCAGGCACUCGUGUCAGCUUCGUCCGAUACCACAGUCAAAGUGUGGAGACCGGCGGCGCAAGAUGUGAAGCCGCCACAGACCAUUGGACUGCACAGCGACUAUGUCAAAACUCUUGCGGUGCCAUACUCCACAUGUGACUGGGUGGCCAGUGGUGGGCUAGAUCGGCAUAUCAAUGUGUGGGACCUGAACGGCGCAGGCCAGAAGCUGAAAAUCAAUGUGGCCGAAGAUGAGGUCAGCAGUCUGCUCAGCAAAGAGAAGGGCAGUAUAUAUGCGCUUGCAGCUACAAACUCCUUGCUAGCGAGCGGUGGACCGGAAAGCACAGUGCGGGUCUGGGACUGCAGAACCGGCAAGCGGGUGACGAAGCUGGUCGGACACACUGACAACAUACGCGACAUCCUCGUCAGUCAGGAUGGCACAACCAUUAUCACCGCAAGCAGCGACCGCACUGUCAAGGUGUGGAGCACCAUCGCUGGAAGAUGCAUGUUCACUUUGACCAUGCACGAUGCGAGCGUGUGGUCGCUGUUCUCGUCCGACCCAGAUCUGUCUGUCUUCUACUCCAGUGACAAGAACGGACUGGUGGCAAAGACCGAUACACGGGAUAAGAUCGAGCUCGACGAAGGCCUCUCCUUGGCCUUAUUCCAGGAGCACGAGGGCGUGCACAAGUUGAUUGCUGCUGGCGACUGUCUAUGGACUGCUACUAGCAGACCUAGUAUCAACAGAUGGAGAGAUGUCAAUACGACAAAUGCCGAGUUGGACGUCCCAGAAGGGUUCACUACUCACAGGCUCAGUUCUGCCACUGCCGCCAAGGCAAGGUACCCAAGUCCGCCAAAUCAGAAGGAACAGACACCAUCAAUGCAGCAACGUGCACCCACAUCAAAACGAAGGAUUCCGCUGAAGCAUGCGCUAAGACUGAGCAACACAGUGUUCUUUCCUACAAUGCUUACUCCUCCACCGGAAGAUCAACCAAUUCCUGGUGGUAGGAGAGGCACAUUAGAUACGGCACCCCCUGAAGGAUCCGUCAUGCAGCCGAUACGAGCACAACCUGAGCUGUCAAUCGAGGGCCAGAACGGGCUAAUCAAGCACGUUAUGCUCAAUGACCGGAAACGGGUGUUGACACUGGACACCGCUGGCGAGGUCGUGAUGUGGGAUCUCCUAAAGUGUGUGCCGAUACGCUCGUUUGGCAAGCGGCAUCUUGAAGACGUAAAGGACGAGGUCACGACGAAUGCCACAGUUGCAAACUGGUGCACAGUAGAUGUCAGAACGGGCAGUGUGGCCGUGGUCCUGGAAGAGAACACAUGUUUCGACGCCGAGAUGUACGCGGACGAACUCGAACUCGACGAAGAUGUGGAGUACCGAGAAGACCAGCGCAUCAAUCUGGGCAAAUGGGUUUUGCGAUAUCUCUUCAAUGACGUGAUUGAGGAAGAGAUACGUCGAGAUGAGACAUUCCGGACUCAUCUACUCCACGCUAAAGAGCAACAAAAGUUGCAGCGCGAGAAUGCGCCCACCAGCAUUGAUAUGCCUUCGCAAAACACUAAUGGCUGGCAUCCGGAGGCCAAUGGACCUCAGUCUGCAUCUACCGUGCGACCGGGUGUAAAUGGGUCCGCAACCACUCCUGGUCUCGGCAUCGGUCAUGCAAGCCCUAGUGUUGCUAACUCUCCAGCACAUGCAAGGCAGACGCCGCUGUUAGCAACGACUGCUGAGGAAGGUGGAUCACACGACAAUCAAGCGUCUUCACAACGAACGUCUGGUGAGCGAAGUGCGGAUUAUUUCUCCACUUCGCGCAUUCCGAAUACCGAAGUCACAACACCCGGUGGUGCAUCUCAACCUGCAACUACGCCCGGUGUGUUGCCAGACCCUGCCACUCCAUCCGCUGAUGAACCGGCGAAGGAUGGCCACACGGGCGGCAAGGGGCUUUUUGGCAAGAAGUUCAGCAUGGGCAUGUCGUUUAGUGGCAUGAAGAAGAUUGGUCGUGUGCAGACCAACGACAAGGACAAACCCACUCCUGUCGAAGAGAAAGAGGAAGUGGAAAGCGAUUCUCGAUCGAGCAAAACUGACAACUCACGAGUAGUUGACGAUACAUUUCUCGGCACCCUGCAAAAGAUCCGGUUCGGGUACGAGGACUCGCUCCAACAGCAAAUACAAAACCAACAAGCCUAUGAAAAUGGUCUUCCGGUGGCUCGAGCCUCCAUCGAUCUCCCAACAGCAAUCAAACCUAGUGAGGCCUCCGAGACUCCGAUACUCCGACCACCACGCAAUACCACUAUUCUGAUCCAAGAAGACCGCCCUGAAGCUGGCGGUGUGACCGAUCUUUUCGAAGGCACUGUAGGCAACCUCGUUGACAAGGUCGACAGCCUGGAGAAGACUGCUCCAAUGUGGCUUGGCGAUGUUCUCCUCCGCAACCAGAUUCCAGUCAAAGACGUUGUUAAGAUCUCGUUCAUCCUGGAGCCGUGGCAGAAUUCUUUACCGGUCAUCGCCAGCGAUGGGAACAAUCGCCUCAAUGCGAAUCGCAUGCUGAGAGCGAAGAAGGUUUUGGCCUAUGUCGCCGAGAGGAUCGAGCCUGCGAGUGAGAGGGAGAAGAGUCCCCUGAGACCAGAGGAGUACUUGGAGCUUUGGUGUCAGGGACAGAUUCUCCCGCCUACCAUGACGCUCGCGACAAUUCGUGCCCAUGUCUGGCGCGGAGGUGGAGAUGUUGUGUUAUAUUACAAAGCCAAUGGAAAGAGGGAGAUACUUCACGCGCCGAAGGCGUCUCCUCCUGGGACAACGGCACCUCCUGAGGAAGGGGCCACAACAGCGCAACAAGGCGAGGGAAAUGCCUAUGAUCAGCAGCAGCAGCAGAGAUCCACGAGUGUGAGUACAUCGUAGUCGGGACUCUGCAUUAUCUUUAUAUCAACUGCAGCUCCUUGGAAGCGGCUUCAUGCCUAGCA